GCACUAUUGGCCUUCGGAGAAGGUGGAAGAUUAAAUUUCGGCCUGACAGCGUUUCCUGUCGACACUGCAAGCAAAGAGAGAGUGAGGGGGCGACUCGUGAAGGGACCCACAAACAAGCUGAACCGUUUAACUUGCAGAUUAACACCCAAAGGAGCCACGCUGACCUUCGACCCCUCGAACUUCCUCUCACGAGCGAGGGAGGAAAGCGAGGAGGCGGCAAGGACUGGAGGUGACCAUGUUGGAGCUCAGGAAGAAGGUCGGGUGAGUGAAGACACCCUGAGGAGGUGGUGGCGGACAUGGAGGUGAAAAAAGUGUGAUAAGCCUAAGCAGACGGACGCUCACGCUAAUCAGAAAAGUGAGUAUUUGCAUCAGCAAGAGUCACUCAGGUUGAAAGAUGGCUGAUCCAAACAAGGAAGGCGGUAGUGAAAGAGGCGAGCCUGAAGACAAGCUUGCGGACGAGGACGAGGACAAGCGGGCCAAAGACGAGCACAACAAGCUGGAGAAGGAGAGCGGGAAUGUGGUGGCCCCGAGCAAGAACGUUAAGCGGGGAAAGCGGCGUCAACGGUUGCAGAGCGGCUGGGCCCUGAGCGAACGCCUGGCCAUCAACGUGUCGGGGAUGCGUUAUGAGACGCAGCUGCGCACCCUCGCUCAGUUCCCAGAAUCUCUGCUGGGAAACGCCCGCAAGCGUCUCCGCUACUUCGACCCUGACCGGAAUGAGCUCUUCCUGGACAGGAGUCGGGUCUGCUUCGACGCCAUCCUCUACUUCUACCAGUCGGGCGGGAGACUGCGGAGGCCCGCCAAUGUGCCCUUGGACAUCUUCAUGGAUGAGCUGCGCUUUUACGAGCUCGGGGAGGAAAUUUUGGACCGCUUCAAGGAGGACGAAGGCUUCCCGAAGGAGGAGGAGAGAGCUCUUCCCAGCGGUGACCUGCAGCGCCGCCUCUGGAUGCUCUUUGAGUACCCCGAGUCCUCCAGCGCUGCUCGCAUCAUUGCCAUCGUCAGCGUCAUGGUCAUCAUCAUCUCCAUCCUCAUCUUCUGCUUGGAGACCCUGCCCGAGUUCAGGAACGAGAAGGAACAGAGGGAGAGAUUUACCAGCAUCCUUCACCCAGCGGUGGCCAAUGAGAGCGUCUCAAACUUGCCGACCUUUACACCCUUCCAAGAUCCCUUCUUCAUCGUGGAGACCAUCUGCAUCUUCUGGUUCUCCUUUGAGUUCAUCAUACGCUUCACCUGCUGCCCCAACAAGAUGCACUUCUUUAAGGAUGUCAUGAACACCAUCGACUUCUUCGCCAUCAUUCCCUACUUCGUCACGCUGGGCACGGAGCUGGCCAAGGACAAAGGGACGCAGCCCUCCGUGUCGCUGGCCCUCAUCAGGGUCAUCCGGCUGGUGAGGGUCUUCAGGAUCUUCAAGCUGUCUCGCCACUCAAAGGGUCUCCAGAUCCUAGGGCAGACUCUGAAGGCCAGCCUGCGUGAGCUCGCCUUGCUCAUCUUCUUUCUCUUCAUCGGUGUCAUCCUCUUCUCCAGUGCCGUCUAUUUUGCAGAGGUGGACCGCCCUGACACGGCGUUCACCAGCAUCCCAGAGGCCUUCUGGUGGGCCGUAGUGUCCAUGACGACGGUCGGCUACGGGGACAUGUACCCGGAAACGGUGGGCGGGAAGCUGGUGGGCUCCAUGUGCGCCAUCGCCGGGGUGCUCACCAUCUCACUGCCCGUGCCCGUCAUCGUGUCCAACUUCAGCUACUUCUAUCACCGCGAGAUGGAGCGAGUGGACACCACAGAGUACCAGCAUGUCCCCGCGUCCCUUUGGGAAAACGACAUGGAGGACGGCGGAGAAGACGAUGAGGUGGGAGAUGAGGGGCCUGAGGACCCAGGAGAGCACGCACCGCUGUACGAAAGGAACAGCAAAGCGGCGGGAGAUCUGAGCGGGAAGAACUUCCUCUAUAGAGAACCUUUGGUCACUCAGGUGUGACAUAACCAGAGGAAGAAACCCUGUAGGUCCUAUACCUCCACGCUGAGGGAGAAGAGACACACAUGGACUUUGAUAACCGGCAAAGUCACUCAAGAAGCUGAAUUUGGGGAGUUAAGACCUUUUCUACAAACUGUUGGUUGAUUGGCUCAAUUUCUAUGCCUCGUUUACAAUUGCUAUGAUCUUUGUCAAUGAGCUUUAAAGGCCUGCUGAAAUGAGAUUUUCGUUUUUAAACUGGGAUAGCACGUCCAUUCUAUGUGUAAUACUUGAUCAUUUCACGAUAUUGCCAUAUUUUUGCUGAAAGGAUUUAGUAGAGAACAUUGAUGAUAAAGUUCGCAACUUUUGGUCGUUAACAAAAAAGCCUUGCCUGUACCGGAAGUAGCAGACGAUGUGCGCGUGACGUCACCGGUGUGAGGGCUCCUCACAUUGUUUAUAAUGUGAGCCUCCAGCAGUAAGAGCAAUUCGGACCGAGAAAGCGACGAUUUUCCCAUUAAUUUGAGCGAGGAUGAAAUAUUCGUAGAUGAGGAAAGUUAGGCAGGCGGCAGUGGGAGAGUUUCAGAUGUAAUUAGACACAUUUACGAGGAUAAUUCUGGAAAAUCCCUUAUCUGCUUAUUGUGUUAAUGGUAUCGUAGUGAGAUUGUAAAGUCAUACCUGAAAGUCGGAUGGCUGCGGUGAACACCAGUGUCUCUGAGAGAAGCCGAGGAGCCAAGAUCACAGCUGCCUUUUUGAGCUGCAGGAUGAGGUCGCGUAAUCCACUCAAGUCUCCGGUAAGAGCCAAUUUACAGGGGAACAUUAUCACCAGACCUAUGUAAGCGUCAAUAUAUACCUUGAUGGUGCAGAAAAAAGACCACACAUUUUUUUAACCGAUUUCCGAACUCUAAAUGGGUGAAUUUUGGCGAAUUAAAUGCCUUCCUGUUUAUCGCUCUCUUUGCGAUGACGUCAGAACGUGACGUCUCCGUGGUAAUACAGCCGCCAUUUUCAUUUUCAACACAUUACAAACACCGGGUCUCAGCUCUGUUAUUUUCAGUUUUUUUGACUAUUUUUUUGGAACUUUGGAGACAUCAUGCCUCGUUGGUGUGUUGUCGGAGGGUGUAACUACACUAACAGGGAGGGAUUCAAGUUGCACGACUGGCCCGAAGAUGCGAAAGUAUCUGCCGCCAGACCCCCAUUGAAUGUGCGGGAGUGUCUCCAAAUUUUACCGGCGAGGACAGACAUGGUACAGAGAUGAAUGGAUAACCUGCAGAUGCAUUCGCAACGAUAAAUUCAACGAAAUCACAAAGGUGAGUUUUGUUGAUGUUGACUUAUGUGCUAAUCAGACAUAUUUGGUUGCGGUGUGACUGCCAGCUAAUCGAUGCUAACAUGCUACGUUAAUCGAUGCUAACAUGCUAUUUACCGGCGGUGCUAAAGCAGACAUGGCACAGAAAUGUAUGGAUAACCUGAAGAUGCAUUUGCAACUAUAAAGUCAACGAAUUCACAAAGGUGAGUUUUGUUGAUGUUGACUGCCAGCUAAUUGAUGCUAACAUGCUAUGCUAAUCGAUGCUAACAUGCUAUUUACUGGCGGUGCUAAAGCAGACAUGGCACAGAGAUGUAUGGAUAAUGUGCAGAUGUAUUUGCAACUAUAUUACGUUUACUUCCACCCACAUUUAAUGCGAAAAAAACACUUAUUAAUCGAAGGAUUUAAGUUGCUCCAGUGUCAAGAGAUGCGAAAGUCCUGAUCGUUUGGUCCGCACAUUUUACCGGCGAUGCUAACGCAGCUAUUCGGCCAUGCUAUGGCUAUGAAUAGCGUCAAUAGCUAUUCGCUCAACAGCUUCAGUUUCUUCUUCAAUACUUUCAUACUCCAACCAUCCGUUUCAAUACAUGCGUACUGAAAUCAGAGUCUGUGGUAUCUGCCAUUGUUUACAGCAGCACUGUAAACUUUUUUUUAGGGAUAUUCGUGGACUGGUAAAAUUUUGAAAAAAAAUAAAAAAAAUACAACAAGCCACUGGGAGCUGAUUUUUAUUGUUUUUAACCCUUUUGAAAUUGUGAUAAUGUUCCCCUUUAAUAUCACAAUUUUCCCAUCCAAAAACUUGCUGGUUGACGUAGAGAAACAUGUUCGCUUGACCGCUGUGUGUUAAAGCUUCACAACAAACAAAGAAACACCGACUGUGUUUCAGUGAUAAAGGCAGCUGCAAUCCACCGCUUUCCACCAACAGCAUUCUUAUUUGACGUCUCCAUUAUUAGUUGAACAAAUUGCAAAAGAUUCAGCAACACGGAUGUCCAAAAUACUGUGUAAUUGCGUGAUGAAAAGAGACGACUUUUAGCCGUAAGUGGUGCCGGGCUAAAAUGUCCCCUCAGACCAAUAACGUCAAAAACACGCGUCAUCAUUCCGCGACGUUUUCAACAGAAAAACCGCGGGAAAUUUAAAAUUGUAAUUUAGUAAACUAAACCGGCCGUAUUGGCAUGUGUUGCAAUGUUAAUAUUUCAUCAUUGAUAUAUAAACUCUCAGACUGCGUGGUCGGUAGUAGUGGGUUUCAGUAGGCCUUUAAUAAAUAAGUUAUGGAGCUUUGGCGUCUUUGCACACAUCAAGUAUUCAGUGAGGACUAAAUGCUCUCUGAUGUGCAGCCAUUCAGCCACUAGAGGUCACAUGUGAGCUACUUAAGCAGAAGCGCUGGACCUGGCUGGACCAGCUGCUGCUUUUCAUUUACAAACAAAAGUGACAUCAGCAAACAUCAACAUCCUUUCCUCUUCAAACGCUCAUGUUAAUGUAGGCCACAUGACUCUGAUUGUGUUGUUUUGACUUCGGCCAGCCACAAGAUAGUCUUGAUCAGUUUAAUAUUCGUUAUUGUUUGCAUACAGUUUGCAAAAUGACACAUGUUUCUAAUACUAUGUUGAAUAAUGUUGCUACAGCAGAGGAGCAAAAAAAAUAUCAUAUUGCCGAGCCCUAGCCUCAGAUAUUAUACUGCCUUUGAAAAAUAAACGUACCUUUUUAUGUCAUGGACCGUGGACAUGAUGGCAAUAUGAGUCGAGGCGCAUGUUGCGAGUCAACACAAGCACAGACCACUUACAAGCAGAAACAGAAUGGAGACAGAAGAGGGUGAACGGACGUAUAAACGAUAAAAGUGAUGCUAUAAAAACUUAAGGGCCGCGCUGCAAGGGGUGCUUUAGAACAGUGGUUCUCAAAUGGGGGUACGCGUACCCCUUGGGGUACUUGAAGGUAUGCCAAGGGGUAUGUGAGAUUUUUUUUUAAAUAUUCAAAAAAAUAGCAACAAUUCAAAAAUCCUUUAUAAAUAUAUUUAUUGAAUAAUACUUCAACAAAAUGUGAAUGUAAGUUCAUAAACUGUCAAAAGAAAUGCAACAAUGCAAUAUUCAGUGUUGAUGUUGUAGGCACAAUACCAAUGUGAGCAAUUUGCAAAAUGCGCAACCACAUUUUGCAAAUUUGUAUAAUGCGCUGUCUUUUUUCAAAUUGCUUCCGGCUAUAUAUUUGAAUAAUGUGUGGUGCACAUUUUGCAAAUCAAUGGGCGCAAAUACAUGUUUUUGGUGUCAAAAUAAUUUAUUAAAUACUUAUGUAAAUCUAUUCAUUUGUAGUCGGGACAAUAUAACUGAGUAUUGCCCUCAGAUCAGUCCAACACUAACCACUAUACAGUGUACAUCCACGACUAAACUACUGACUAAACUACUACCACAACUUGGUUUACUAUUUAAUGAGGGCACUUUAAGUUGAUGAUUACUUCAAUGUGUAGAAAUCUUUAUUUCUAAUUUAAUCACUUGUUUAUUUUUCAACAAGUUUUUAGUUAUUUUUAUAUCUUUAUUUCCAAAUAGUUCAAGAAAGACCACUACAAAUGAGCAAUAUUUUGCACUGUUAUACAAUUUAAUAAAUCCGAAACUAAUGACGUAGUGCUGGGUUAUACUUCUUUAUCUCUUUUUUUUUCAACCCAAAAUGCUUUGCUCUGAUUAGGGGGUACUUGAAUUAAAAAAAAAUUUCACAGGGGGUACAUCACUGAAAAAAGGUCGAGAACCACUGCUUUAGAAUAUAGCUUGCUAGCAGCUAACGUCACGCCCCACUGUUUGAGCUACUUCUAUAGCCACGCCUCUAUGGCGACACAUAAAGUAAGCUUCUUACAAGUAUCUUCCUUGCAGGAUGAGGAAUAGCUAAACAUGCUUCACUACAAACCAUAGGAGGAUACAAUAGCUAACCGCUAACAGCAAACUAGCAACCCUGAAUGUAAAAAAAAUGGGUGGCUCUAUACAAAUAUCGACUGUAAUGAUACCAAGUACUAGAGACAUAUGUUAUCGAUACAAUGAUCACGUCAAUAUUUUUUUAAUUAUCAAAAAAGCUUAUGUAAUUUUUGUUGUUUUAACUCAGGAAAUACAUCCCUGGACACAUGAGGACUUUAAUUAUGACCUAUGUAUGACCUUGAAUGUACUUGGUAUUGGAUCCAUACCCAUAUUUGUGGUAUCCCCCAAAAUAUAUGUUAAGUAUCCAAACAGCAGAAAAAUAAGUGAUUAUUACAUUUUAAAAGAAGUGUAGAGAGAAAAUGUUGAAACAGAAAGCAAACAGAUAUUAACAGUAAAUGAACAAUUAGCAGUGAUGGGCAAACUACAAGUUACUCUCAAUUAAAUGUAACUUAGCUUUCCCUGUAGAAUUGUAGCAAGCUACCCUACAAGCUACAUAUAUAUAUAUAUAUAUAUAUAUAUGUAGCUUUCCCUGUAGAAUUGUUACACUAUACAAGCUACAUAUAUCCAUCCAUCCAUUUUCUACUGCUUAUUCCCUUUUGGGGUCGCGGGGGGCGCUGGCGCCUAUCUCAGCUACAAUCGGGCGGAAGGCGGGGUACACCCUGGACAAGUCGCCACCUCAUCGCAGGUCCAACACAGAUAGACAGACAACAUUCACACACUAGGGCCAAUUUAGAGUUGCCAAUCAACCUAUCCCCAGGUGCAUGUCUUUCGAAGUGGGAGGAAGCCGGAGUACCCGGAGGGAACCCACGCAUUCACGGGUAGAACAUGCAAACUCCACACAGAAAGAUCGCGAGCCUGGAUUUGAACCCAGGACUGCAUUACUAUUAACUAUCUGUCAUUUAUAUACUCCCUCUCAGUGUUCUAGUACCCCACUGUAUGUAUUUAUUUAGUUAUUUUGCCUUUUCUUUGGCCCACCCCUAUACCAUUUAACAUUUUCUCUACCUCCGGUAAAAAAAAACAAAAAAACAGUAUCUAUCUAUAUGUGGACAAAAAAAAAAAACAAUGACUUGUGUGUUUGGGAACAGUGGCAGUAAAACUUUUCAUGAACUCAACUCACCUUAACGCAGUGGUUCUCAAACUUUUUUUGUCAUCCCCCACUUUAGAAAAGGGGGAGUUUUCAAGCCCCCCCUGCCCCCAUCGCCCCGACAGAAGGCUAAUGCCUAGUUUAACAUUUUCAUAUUUAUUGAACGUCAAGUAACAUUCAAGUUGUAUACAUUCAAACUCAAUAACAUAAAAUAACAUCAAGUUCAAUAAUAAAUAAAAUAACUGUGCAGCUGUGGUAUAACUUGCAUUAAGUUCAAUAAUAAAUAGAAUAACUAUUCUGCCAGUUUUCUUUGAAAGAAAUCAAGUGUCUUAUUGACGUUAUGGGGUGUGUUGUCUCCAGGUGUCUCUUUAAUUUGUUGGGUCUCAUGCUGUCUGCUGCAAGCAGUUUUAGACACAGAACACACAGGGGUCUCUCCUCUGCCCCCACCACCGUUGCCGUGAAUCCAAGAGCAAGAUACCCUUCAUAUUUUAUUUUCGAUUUUUGUUUCUCUGCAGGCGCUGGCUCUGAUUUGACGACCUUUGAGGUGCGAGUAACAAAUUUAUCCAUUUUGUGUAAUUGUGGUCCACACAUUAGCCUGCUACCCAUCCGCGUGAAAGAUUGUUCCGCUUAGCCCCGCCCCCAUUAGUUACUGUUGCUAUAUAUGUCAAACUUUCGCUCCUACCUAGAAAUUUAAAGCCUGGAGGAAACAUAAGUAAUUCACAUUUAUUUACAUAACAGAUUUCACAGACAGAAUCACAAAGUAGUUUACCGUGUGUAUAGAAAAUGAAAGCAUAGUAAAAAAAAAAAAAUCUAAGAAUAUAAUAAAAAAAAAUUUUUAAGUGAAAUUUCCUCCCGUUCAUCACGCCCCACCUGUCAUGUGUCUAUUCCCCACACUUUGAGAAACGCUGCCUUAACGUGUGUUCCUAAAUUUGUUUUGGACGUCUUAGAUCAGUGGUGUCAAACGUACGGCCCGUAGGCCGGAUCAGACCCGCGAACAGGUUUUAUCUGGCACCCAAGAGGAUUUUGGAAAGUACAAAAUUUACCUGAAAUUUUUGAAUGAUAAAGAAACUGCUCUUCCAAAUGUGUCCACUAGAUCAGUGGUCCCCAACCACCGGGCCGCAGAAGAAUUUUUUAUUAAUUUUUACUAAAAAAAAAUAAUAAAAAAAAUAGAAAUAUUUAUUUUUAAUUAAAAUAACUUAAAAAACACAAUAUACACAUACAAUUAGUGCACCAACCACAAAAACCUCCCCUUUUCGUGACAAAAACGUCCCUUUUUCAUGACAAAGAAAAAAAAAAAAAAAAAGGAUCCCCCCGGGCCGCAGGACAAAUUAUUAAGCGUUGACCGGUCCGCGGAUACAAAAAGGUUGGGGACCACUGCACUAGAUAACGCAAUAGCAAUUAUUUGCAGGUGUGCUCAUGACUUCGAAGGGGGCGGAGCUAUUAGCUGCUGGUUAACGGGGAUUCAUGCUGAAAUAACAUGUAUCCCCUUCUAACUUCAUGUGUGAUUCGUGAAAUGAGUCCAAAUUCACAGGUUUUGUUGUAGAUGAUGUAUUAUAUGUACAGAAUAAACCACAUGAUGUUAGUACAUCAGUUGAGGAAAAUGAGUAAAAUACAUUAAUAACCUGCUGCAAUUUGAUGUUAAUAUUACUAUUUAUUACAUCUUCUAAUAGAUUACAAUUUUACACCAAUGAGAGCAUUUUAAAACUCACACCGAUUUAACUGAUGAACAUUAUCACAUCAUUUAUUCAGAAAUUAUAAAUCACGACAAAUGAAGAUAGACUACUAUGAACAGCGACAUGUAAGUGUAAAAAAAACCCAACAUUAUGAUUUGUAUGUUUUCAGAUUGUGUGUGUUCUAUUUUUAAACAAACAAAACAAUCUGAAGUUGUUUUUAUUUUUAAGUUAUCAUGACAUGAUUUUAGCCAGUUGGGAAUAGAUUUUCCUCUAUGUGGCCGCUGAGCUAAAAUAAGUUUGAUACCCCUGUCUUAGAUGAAGAGCGCAGUUAUGACUUUGGUUUACAGAAUAAAAAACUAAAAACUAA